GUUGGUCCCAUGCAAUGUCUAGUGAAUCAAUUGAGAAGAAAUUUGCGAACUUCAUUGUUAACAAAUUUUGGUUUGGUGAAUGAAUCUUUGUGGAAUAUCAGAAAAUACUCAAAUAAUCCAAUAAAAAAGAAGCAAAAGGCACAAUUUAAACAAUGGUUUCACUAAAUCCAGUAAGAAUUUUGAAAGAAAAUGCUGAAGAAGAAAAAGCUGAAAUUGCUAGGCUCAGCAGUUUUGUUGGAGCUAUUGCCAUUGGAGAUUUGGUCAAGAGCACCUUGGGGCCAAAGGGCAUGGAUAAAAUACUAGUUUCCAGUGGAAGAAAUGCUGGAGCAGUAGAAGUUACAAAUGAUGGAGCUACAAUCUUAAAAGCUAUAGGAGUGGAUAACCCUGCAGCAAAAGUGUUGGUGGAUAUGUCCAAGGUUCAAGAUGAUGAGGUUGGAGAUGGAACCACAUCAGUCACAGUUUUUGCUUCAGAACUGUUAAGGGAAGCAGAAAAAUUAAUUGAUCAGAAGUUGCAUCCUCAGAUUAUUAUUGCUGGAUGGAGGAAGGCUGUUGAUGUUGCUAGAAAGACUCUUACAGAAGCAUCUCAAGACAAUAGCGCUAAUUUGGAAAGCUUUAGAAAAGACCUUAUGAAUAUUGCUCGCACUACUUUAAGCUCAAAAAUCUUAUCCCAACAUAAAGAACAUUUUGCAAAGUUAGCUGUUGAUGCUGUUUUAAGGUUAAAAGGAUCUGGAAACUUACAAGCCAUACAAAUCAUCAAAAAAAGUGGUGGUGUCUUAGAAGAUUCUUUCCUAGAAGAAGGUUUCUUACUAGAUAAGAAACCAGGUGUUCACCAGCCAAAACGUGUUGAAAAUGCUAAGAUUUUAAUUGCAAAUACUCCAAUGGAUACUGAUAAAAUUAAAGUUUUUGGAUCAAACAUUAAGGUAGAUUCUAUGGCUAAGAUAGCAGAAUUAGAAACUGCAGAAAAAGAAAAAAUGAAGGACAAAGUCACAAAAAUUGUAAAGCACAACUGCAAUGUAUUCAUCAACCGUCAGCUAAUUUACAAUUACCCAGAACAACUCUUCGCUGAUGCUGGCGUCAUGGCUAUUGAGCAUGCUGAUUUUGAUGGUAUUGAAAGGUUAGCUCUAGUUACAGGUGGAGAAAUUGUGUCAACUUUUGAUAAUCCAGAAGCUGUCAAACUAGGAACAUGCGAUCUGAUUGAACAGAUUAUGAUUGGUGAAGACACCUUGCUUAGAUUUAGUGGUGUAGCAUUGGGAGAGGCUUGUUCAAUAGUUAUUAGGGGAGCAACUCAACAAAUCAUAGAAGAAGCGGAUAGAUCAUUACAUGACGCCUUGUGUGUUUUGGCUGCCACAGUAAAGGAAAGUCGCGUUGUGUUCGGAGGUGGGUGCAGUGAAACCCUUAUGGCUGUAGCUGUUAGUAAAGCUGCCUUAGCGACUCCUGGAAAAGAAGCUAUGGCUAUGGAAGCUUUUGCAAGGGCAUUGACUCAGUUGCCGACUAUUAUUGCUGACAAUGCUGGCUAUGAUUCUUCCCAAUUGGUGGCCGAAUUAAGAGCCGCCCACAACAAUGGCCAGUCAACUAUGGGUCUGAAUAUGGAGAAAGGUGAAAUAGGCGACAUGCGUGAAUUAGGAAUCACGGAAUCGUUUGCCGUGAAGCGACAAGUGUUGUUGUCCGCUUCUGAAGCGGCAGAAAUGAUUCUCCGCGUAGACAACAUCAUUAAAGCGGCACCUAGAAGACGGGUGGAAGAUAGAGGACAUUGUUAAGUUAUCUCAGUUAUGGUUUGCUUGAUUUCCAGUUUAAUUAGUAUUUUCAAAAUGUAUGUAGCAUACCCCUAUUUCAAUUUUCCUCUUUUUAAAGACCAUUUUUUUCUAAAACGUAAUUCUGCUGCAUAUAUUUAAUGUGAAAUUAAUGUGCAGGCUGUUCAGUACAAACCUUACUGUUUCCGCAAAGGUUAUUGUUAAGCCGACUUUUAUUUUCAUACGCCUAACAUUAAUAGUAUUUUUACAUUACAUACUCCACGCUUAGAAGUUUUUAUAACACAAAUAUUUGAUAUUGAUUAAAAUAUUAACAAAAAUA